CCUCCUUAUGAAACAAAAGAAAUUCCUGUACAACUUCAAGAACUUGCGCUGGGCCAAAGGCCGUCAUGAAACGUACCUCUGCUACGUGGUGAAGCGUCGGGACAGUGCCACCUCUUGCUCCCUGGAUUUCGGCUAUCUACGCAAUAAGUCUGGUUGCCACGUCGAAGUGCUGUUCUUACGGUACAUCUCUGCUUGGGAGCUGGAUCCACGGCGCUGCUAUCGGAUCACCUGGUUCACCUCGUGGAGUCCCUGUUACGACUGUGCCCGCCACGUGGCCGACUUCCUGCGUGCCUACCCGAACCUCACCCUGCGCAUCUUCGCCGCCCGUCUCUACUUCUGUGAGGAUCGUAAUGCAGAGCCGGAAGGCCUGCGGCGUCUCCACCGGGCAGGAGCACAAAUCGCCAUCAUGACCUUCAAAGAUUACUUCUACUGCUGGAACACCUUUGUGGAAAACCGCCAGAGAACCUUCAAGGCUUGGGAAGGGCUUCAUGAAAAUUCGGUGCGCCUUGCCAGGAAGCUCCGCCGUAUCCUUCUGCCGCUUUAUGAAGUCGAUGACCUGCGAGAAGCGUUCCAAAUCCUUGGACUUUAA